AUGAAGAUUCUUGUGCCAAUCAAACGUGUUGUAGAUUACGCCGUAAAAAUUCGUGUUCAACCGCAAGGUGUUGAUCUAAAGAAUGUGAAAAUGAGUAUGAAUCCAUUCUGUGAAAUUGCAGUCGAAGAGGCAUUACGUUUGAAAGAAAAAACACUUGCGUCUGAGCUGAUUGCAAUUUCCAUUGGUCCAAAACAGAGUCAAGAAACAUUACGUACGGCUCUUGCCAUGGGUGUUGAUCGUGGGAUUCAUAUUAUCACGGAUAUGCGCAUCGAUCAAGAGCUUCAACCACUGGCGGUGGCGAAAAUACUCGAGGAAAUUGUCAAGAAGGAGAGUCCAGAUCUUGUCAUUUGUGGCAAACAAAGUAUUGAUUCGGAUGCAGCUCAGACUGGACCAUUACUUGCUGGAUUAUUAGAUUGGAGUCAAGGAACGUUUGCGUCAAAACUUCAAGUGGAAAACAAUGUUCUUUACGUGACGCGAGAGACAGAUGCUGGCAUUGAAACGUUAAAGCUCACGCUACCUGCUGUUGUGACUGCUGAUUUACGUUUGAAUGAACCACGGUAUGCGACACUUCCUAAUAUUAUGAAAGCCAAGAAGAAGCAAAUUGAAACCUUGAGUGCUGACAGUUUGGGCGUGGAGUUAACACCACGCAUUCAUGUCGUUGACGUGAAGGAUCCCGAGGCUCGUAAAGCUGGUAUCAAGGUUGCCAGUGUACAUGAGCUUGUGGACAAACUCAAGAAUGAAGCAGGUGUGAUUUAG